UUCAGUGUUUGUCGUCUCAUCCAAGCUCUUCGUUACGAUGGUCCCGGCGACGCUUUGCCUGUUGGUGUUUGUAGGACUCACCAUCAAUAGUGCUGACUCAGCUUCUAUACACAAAGAGAACGAAACGGAACCGCUUAUCGAUGGAUACUUGCCCAUGAACAUCAGCGACUCCAACACUGAAAAUGUUGCCAUCUUUGCUGCCAGUCAAAUAUCUUCAGCCUACCUGUCGGAACCGGUGAAAUUAAUGAAAAUUGUCAGAGCAGAUUCUGAAAUUUUCGAUACUCACGGUGUUAAAGUCAACAUGACUGUGGAACUGGAAAAGGGAGUUGACACCAUUCUUGUUUGCGAAGUACUUGUCUUUGGUAACACUGGCCAAGAUGCCCAAUGGACCAAGGAUGACCUAACGCUAAUUGAUUACACAUGCUUACCAGCUACAAACGGUUCUAUCGAAGAUAACGUGUUGCCGGUCAGCCAGGUAUCGUCGGUUCUGAACGACACUAAAAUCAACGACAUCGUUGGUUUUGCUACAGAUACGAUAAUUACCAACAUUAACGCUGAAACCACGCUGAAUCUUGCUGAAAUUGUCAAAGCUGAAUGGCAAUCCACCUCGACCAGUAUAAAUUACAAGUUAACUUUGAAGCUAACGGGUCUUGACGGAGAAGAUACCUUUUGUGAAGCUAUCGUCUCGGAUCCAACCAAUGAGGAAGCGACAAAGACCCGCGAACUUUCCUACUAUAGCUGUUCCUUAAUUGAUGAAUCAUCUGUUGAGUUUGAAGUGGAUAUUCCUGAAAAAGCCAUCCUGUCAAAAUGGCUUUCUCCGUAAUAUAUUUGUAUAUUAUGUACUGUGAACAAACUUUAAGUUCAGUAAUUUUGCUCUUAAAAUAAAUUGCGCAUUCAGUUACGGUACGAAUCUGCAAAAGAAUUUGAAAAGGAAAUAUAUAAAGAAAUAUUGUUUUUUUUGUAUGCGUCUGUAUAAAAAAUUUGCUUACAAAACUACCUACUUUCCCGCCAUCUCUGGCAUAACAGGUUGCCGUAUAGAUUGCAUUUUCUUCGUUAAAAUACAUAUUUGGCUGUUCUAGAUGCACACUGUGAUUAUGAAGUCAGUUUCAUCUUCCACCUGACAUAUAUGGAUGAUACUUUUACAAGUUUGAAACAAGCA